AUGCUCCACGUGGCCUGCAGCAGCAGCAGCAGAGACACCACAGCUGCUCCUACGUGCCCAGCCCCAGCAACAGCGGCGGCAAACCUCCUCACCUGCCCCGCCUCCAACCAGGUCAGCGUGAGGUCAACGGCAGGUCCCCAGAGACGCCUACACCCCAUCCCAGUCCUCAUCAAGGCCGAAUGGAGGGAUAAGCCGGAAGGACCGGAAGGGCGCAAUUGUUCCGCCCCGCCCCCGUGGGAGCUCCCCUCCGCAGAGUUCACCGCCACUCAACUCCCCGCCAGCAAGGCUGUCUGUCCCACCGCUGAGCUGCGGCAGCACGCCCUCAUGGCCAUGGCGCGGGUCACCGAGCCAGGCUGUGCGAUCUACUACACCGACGGCUCGGUUGACCCAGACAGCGGAAGGACGGGCGCUGCUGCCAUCACUGGCGGGACCGAACUGGGCAUGCGCACCCCCGACCACUGCUCCACCCUGCAGACCGAACUGGUGGCCAUCCAGCUGGCCCUGGAGCACGCCCACCACCGUCAGGAGGCCACCGUGGUGCUGCACACUGACUCCAAGUCGGGACUACGGGCCCUCCAGCAGCCGCAGCCCAAAGACGACGUGGGCCUCGUCACCGCCAUCCUGGGCAGCCUCCAGAGCCUCGCCGCGCAGGGGCGGCGGGUGAGGCUCAACUGGAUUCCAAGUCACGUGGGGGUGCUGGGCAACGAGGCUGCCGACGCGGCCGCCAAGAGAGCUGCGGCGAGUCCCCAGGUGACUAAGCACGUGCCCCCCAGCCUGCGGCAGGUGAAGACUCGAGCCAGGCGCGCCGCAAUCCAGGCGACCCGCCACACACACCAGCAGCUGGAGGCCAGAAAGAGGCAGGCGGCAUGGUACGCUGCCGCCACCGACUACCAGCCGCUCGACGCCUCCCAGCAGCAGCCCAGGGCGGACGGCAUGCUGCUGCAGUGCAUCAGGCUGGGUUUCUGCGCCAGGGAGGAGCUGUACGACGGCUUCCAGGGGCAGGAGUGCGACCACUGCGGGAGAAACAGCCGCCGCCCUCAGAACACAGUCGCCAGCACUCGCCCAGCCUGCAGGCGGCGUCCUCCUUAGCAGACGCGAGGCCAGGGCGGCCCAUCUCGUCCGCCACACGCCCAGGGAGGUGAUGCUGCGGGUGCUCAGGGCGGCACCCCCGCCCCGCUGACCUGACCUGCCCGCAACACACUCACCACCACAGGAAGAAGUCUGUGAGCAGCACAGCGCUCACACCGACACUCUGAUUCCCUCACCGGCGGGCUGGUGCCCGCUUUGCAUAUGAUAUUGUAUAUGUUUCUUUUUUUUUUUCUUUUUAUCAUGUAAUGUAUGCAAUUUAUGUGCAAUAAACCAUUAACUAACUAACUAACUAGGUCAUGUCCUGACUGAAGCCCUGACCUAACUCUCCCUCAGGACCUGACAUGACUCUCCCCACACCCUUCUCCUUGUUUUCAUCCUCUUUAUCUCUCCCUGUUUCCUCCACUACUUUUCCUUGUACUCCAUUCUUACAUCCUCUAUCUGUAUUUUUUUCAUGACUCACUCCGCCCCUCUACUCCCUUUCCCCUUCCGUAUUCUUCCGCCCCGCCAAACUAAUUCCUGCGCCAAGUUCGUAUUUACGAAGCAAAUGUCGAAAGUCGAAACAAGAAUUAUAGAAUCAUUUAUUGGGACCGCGUCGUAACAACAAAACGUCGUAGGAAGUGAUUAUAAGAGUGUGGGAAAGGUCAAUAGGAGUGUGGGAAAGGUUUGCAAGAGUGUGGGGAGGGUUUAUAAAGCCUUAAAAUAUAUAUAAAUAAUAAAAUAAAUAUAAGGUCGCUACUUCACAGAUUUUCGCCUAUCGCGGGGGGUUCUGGAACCUAACCCCCGCGAUAGACGAGGGAUUACUGUAUCCCACUUGACAGCAGAGCAUAGGUGUACAGAGCGUGUGUGAGAUUGGUGUUCCUGUAUGGGGCAGAGACUUGGGCUACGACAAAAUAGCUGGAAGCACUAUUGAUACGAUGUGAUGUGAGAAUGCUUAGAUAUUUGAUGGCAAUCAGAUGGCAAGAUGUAAUUUCAAAUGAAGAACCGGUGAAAAGGAGUGGCCUGGAGGGCCUGGAGGAGUUGCUGAGUAAGACCAGAUUAAGGUGGUUUGGACAUGUGAGGAGAAGAGGAGAAGAACACAUCCUGAGAUGAUCACUGAACUUUGAGGUAGAGGGCAGAAGACCACCAGGAAGGCCAAGGAAGACGUGGAGAAGGGUGGUGGAGGAAGAUAUGAGGAUGUGGAACAUCACGGAAGAAAUGGCUAUGGACCGGCAACAGUGGAGGAGGCUCAUACCCCAUCCAACCCCACCAUAGAGAAUAAAUGGACGUUGAACGAUGAUGAUGAUGAUGAUGAUAAUAAUAAUGAUAAUUAUAAUAAUAAUAAUAAUAAUAAUAAUAAUAAUAAUAAUAAUAAUAAUAAUAAUAAUAAUAAUGCAGUCAGCCCUGAUGAUGCAGCUACCAAGAACCUCUCCAGGAACCACUCAAGAAAACUGGUAAAUUUCCUUUUUCAGUAAGCCAUCCGCUGUGAUUAGCAUGGAUUUAGGUUUCACUUGUAGCCUGGUGACAUAUACUCCCAGGUCUUUCUCUGCUCUCCUGAGGAGAGGCAAGGAGAGGUAUUUAAAGGGUCUUGCUGAGGAAGUCGAGGGCCAUUUAAAUGUAAGUGACCUCCGACCUACUGGACAACUGGUUAAGUGUACAGACAACCGCGGUUGCCAGUAGCCCCAACGGUUGGAGGAAAAUGGCCAGUGUGACACCACCUUUACUGAGCCUUGAAGAAGCUCUGCACCAAGACUCUGUGGUGGAUAAUGGAGUGUUUCCCAUGUGGUACUGGUGUGCUGGAUAUCCCCUCCCAAGGUGCAGGACUUAACAUUUUUCUUCAUUGAAUAGUAGCAGCCACUUUUUGUUCCAUUCCUGUAGCUUGCUGAUGUCUUCUGGUAGGAAAUCCACAGUCAAGAAGUUAAAUUUCUUGCUAUUUUCCUUUUUUAUCAAAUUUCUCAUGGAUCACUAAGAUAGGCAGUAACCUAAGACACACAUUUUUAAGCUUUUCAGCACCCAAGCACACACAGUUGACAAGGCAAUCUUGGUUGUGGGCAUUUUCCUGGGUAGUUUUAUGACCCUGAUGGUGGAGUGACAAAGCUUCUGUACCAAGAACAUGAAAAAAACCCUCAUGAGAACUUGAUUAAUCUCCUUUUUGGCCUUGGAAAUUGUUAAUGCGAGAGGUGGAAGCGGCUGAAAAUACCAACCUAAGCUUGUUCAUUUCUCAGUAAUCCAGGUGAAACAAACAUGUUCAUUCUUUGACUACUUUCUAUGGAACAAAGCCCCGCCAUCAUCAUCAUCAUCAUCGUUUAACGUCCAUUUAUUCCCUAUGGUGGGGUUGGACGGGAUAUGAGCCUCCUCCACUGUUGCCGGUCCAUAGCCAUUUCUUCCAUGAUGUUCAGCCUCCUCAUAUCUUCCUCCACCACCCUUCUCCACAUCUUCCUCGGCCUUCCUGUCACAGUGUGAGUUUCCAGUGUAUGUAUUGCUGGUCAUGCAAAAGCUGAUCCCCCCAAGAGGAAAGUAUCAAGACACCUCUCCUUCCAAAAUUGACCUCUCUUUUGGCCACUCCUCUUAACUAUUUUACAAGGGCAGUGAUUUGCAGGGUUUUUUCAUUGUUGUUUUCUUUAUUUUUGCCCUUGAGCUGUUUCCAUUGGUGUAAAAAAAAAGGGGGGGGGGCUGUGAUGCUUAACUGCGGAAUAAAUACAAGCCAUCAAAAAUGUUAGUAGUACCAAUAGUAGUUGUAGUAGUAGUAGUAGUAGUAGUAGUAGUAGUAGUAGUAGUAGUAUAGUAGUAGUAGUAGUAGUAGUAGUAUAGUAGUAGUAAUAAAAGUAGUAAUAGUAGUAGUGGUAACCCUCCAGAGAAGUAGUAUCCAUGUAAAGUCAACCUCCUAAACUAGACUUCAAAAAAUUGUAACAAAAACUUGACUUACU